AUGCCCCCGCCUACAAGCGCCAGCGGCGCCACAGUCGCCGCGGUCUCCGUUACAACGACGCGCCUUUUAAUCACCUACCACCCACACGACCUGCCGCCCGGCGGCGAUCCGCUCGUAGUGAGCAGCCCAGCGCCUCUUUAUAAGUACACUCGAUACGAGCCGGCAGGGCUCUCCUUCCACGAAGCUGCGAAGCGAUUGGCGGGAUUCCACGCGGCGGGGGAGGAAGAUGCGGAGGAGGCGGACGAGGGGAAGGGCGAGAAGGUGAAGGACUCAGUCGAUUCGUCGGCGUGGGAAAGUUCGCGGAAGAAGAAGAAGGGGAAGGAUGGGAAGGACGCGGAGAAGCAGGAGCAGGACCACUACGCUCUGCUGGGCAUGGCGCACCUGCGUUUCUUGGCUACAGAAGACCAGCUUAAGAAGGCGUACCGGGAUGCAGCUCUGCGCUUCCACCCGGACAAACAGGCUGCAAUGCUGCUGGAGGAGCAAACAGACGAGGCGCGGGCAGCCAAAAAGGAAGAGAUCGAGACCAAGUUCAAGGCAAUCCAGCUGGCCUACGAGGUCCUCUCAGACCCGGCCAAGCGCCGAGUGUACGACUCUACAGAUGAAUUUGACGAUGAUAUUCCCGGUGAUUGCUCCCCCGAGAAUUUCUUUAAGAUUUUCGGGCCUGCUUUCCAGCGGAAUGCCAAGUGGUCGGUGAUUAGCCCAACCGAGGUUCCGGGUUUAGGGGAUGAGAACACGCCAAUUGCCGAGGUGGAUAAGUUUUAUGAUUUCUGGUGGGCGUUUAAGAGCUGGAGGGAGUUCCCUAACGAGGAUGAUUAUGACGUGGAGAGUGCGGAGAAUCGGGAGCAUCGGAGGUGGAUGGAGCGGCAGAAUGCGAAGCUUAGGGAGAAAGCGAAGAAGGAGGAGAGUGCGAGGAUAAGGCAGUUGGCGGAGAAUGCUUAUAAGCAGGACCCGCGGAUUCUGAGGAGGAAGGAGGAGGAGAAAAUGGCAAAGCAGCAGAAGAAGGAGGAGAAGCAGCGGGAGAGGCAGGCGAAGGAGGAUGAGGGGAAGAGGAAGGUGGAGGAGGAGAGGAAGAGAAAGGAGGAGGAGGAGAAGCGGGCGGCGGAGGAGGCAGCAGUGGUUAAGAAGCAGAGGGAGAAGGACAAGAAGGCAGCGAGGAAAGAGCGGGCGAGGCUGAGAGCGUCGACAACGGACUGCCUUGAAGCCGCGCCUGCGGUAACCAGCAAGCAAAGAAAACAGCAGCAGCAGGAGAAGCAGAAGGGAGAGGAGUGGGAGACGCCGAUAACAGAAGAGGAGUUGGAGAGUCUAGGGCAGGGUCUGGAGUUGGAGAAGCUGCGAGCGCUCUGCGAAAAGCUAGAAUCCUUCUCCGCUUCUACCGCCUCUGCUGACGCUGCAGCAGUGAAGCGGCAAACCCUCCGACUGUUCUCCACCGCUCUGAAAGUGAACCGGUGGGACGGGCACAGUCCGGACUUUGAGUACCAGCAAAUCCCCAUGGUUCUCUCCGAAGCUGCGGCAGCGGCGGCAGCGGCAGCAGCAGCGGAGCGAGAGGCGGAGGCGGAGAAAGAGAGAGAGGCGAGAAGGGCGGCAGGGGGGAGUGGAAAGCCGUGGACGCGGGAGGAGAUUGAGCUGCUGAGGAAGGCGGUGGGGAAGUUUCCCAAGGGCACGGGGCAGCGGUGGGAGGUGAUAGGGGCGUAUCUGGGCACGGGGCGGUCGGCAGAGGAGGUGGUGCGGGCCACCAAGACGGUGCUGCUGCAGAAACCGGAUGAUACCAAGGCGUUUGACAGCUUCCUGCAGCGUCGCAAGAACCCCAAGGACAUAGCCUCGCCUCUCUCCACACGUGAGGAGCUUGAUGCUGCCGCUGCGGCUCCUGCUGCUGCCACUGGUGGUGCUGCUGCUGCUGCUGCUGCUGCUGCUGCUGCUGCUGCUGCCACCCCUGCAGUGGGGGAGUCUGCAGGUGCUGCGAAUGGUGUGGCUGCUGGGGCAGGUGCUGCUGGCGCAGGUGCUGCUGGCACAGGUGCAUCUGCUGCGGCAGAAGGGGCAGUGGAUGUGUGGGGCGAGGCACAGGAGGUGGCGCUGGUGAAGGCACUUAAAGCCUUCCCCAAGGAUACUGAUAAACGGUGGGACCGCAUAGCAGCAGCCGUGCCGGGCAAGAGCAAGGCGCAGUGCUUCAAGAAGUUCAGCGAGCUUCGGCAGAGCUUCCGAACCAAGAAGAGUGGUGCGGUGGAGUAG